UCGGCGCGGCCCGGAGCGGCGGGGCCCGGGCCCUCCCCGCCGCCAUGGCGCUACCGCCGCGCUGAGCCGCCUACCCCGCCAUGGCCGGGGCCAUCGCGUCCCGCAUGAGCUUCAGCUCGCUGAAGAGGAAGCAACCCAAGACCUUCACGGUGCGCAUCGCCACCAUGGACGCCGAGAUGGAGUUCAGCUGCGAGGUGAAGUGGAAAGGGAAGGACCUGUUCGAUCUAGUAUGCAGGACACUAGGACUCAGAGAAACCUGGUUCUUUGGGCUUCAGUACACUAUCAAGGAUACGGUGGCCUGGCUCAAAAUGGACAAGAAGGUUCUGGAUCACGAUGUUCCAACAGAGGAGCCCGUCACCUUUCACUUCCUGGCCAAAUUUUAUCCUGAGAACGCAGAGGAGGAACUGGUCCAGGAAAUCACACAGCACUUGUUCUUCCUGCAGGUGAAGAAGCAGAUUUUGGAUGAGAAGAUCUACUGUCCUCCUGAAGCUUCUGUCCUGCUGGCCUCUUAUGCCGUCCAAGCCAAGUAUGGUGAUUAUGAUCCCAACGUCCACAAGCGAGGCUUCUUGGCGCAGGAGGAGUUGCUUCCAAAGCGGGUAAUAAACCUGUACCAAAUGACUCCAGAGAUGUGGGAGGAAAGGAUAACAGCCUGGUAUGCAGAACAUCGAGGCAGAGCAAGAGAUGAAGCUGAAAUGGAGUAUCUGAAGAUAGCUCAGGACCUGGAGAUGUAUGGAGUGAACUAUUUUGCGAUUAGGAAUAAAAAAGGCACUGAACUUCUCCUUGGAGUUGACGCCUUGGGUCUCCACAUUUAUGAUCCAGACAACAGGUUGACUCCUAAAAUCUCCUUCCCGUGGAAUGAGAUCCGAAAUAUCUCAUACAGUGAUAAAGAGUUUACGAUUAAGCCAUUGGACAAAAAGAUUGAUGUUUUUAAAUUCAAUUCAUCAAAGCUGCGUGUGAAUAAGCUGAUUCUUCAGCUGUGUAUUGGAAACCACGACCUCUUCAUGAGGAGGAGAAAGGCAGACUCGUUGGAGGUCCAGCAGAUGAAAGCACAGGCCAGGGAGGAGAAAGCCAGGAAGCAGAUGGAGCGGCAGCGCCUGGCCCGAGAGAAGCAAAUGAGGGAAGAAGCUGAGAGGACAAGGGAUGAGCUGGAGAGAAGGUUGAUGCAGUUAAAGGAAGAGGCAACAAUGGCCAACGAGGCUCUGAUGAGGUCUGAAGAGACAGCAGACUUGCUGGCUGAGAAGGCUCAGAUCACGGAGGAGGAGGCCAAGCUCCUGGCUCAGAAAGCAGCCGAGGCUGAACAGGAGAUGCAGCGAAUCAAAGCCACGGCCAUCCGGACGGAGGAGGAGAAGCGGCUGAUGGAACAGAAGGUGCUAGAGGCAGAGAUGUUGGCACUGAAAAUGGCGGAGGAGUCGGAGAGGAGGGCAAAGGAGGCUGAUCAACUAAAGCAAGACCUUCAGGAGGCUCGUGAGUCUGAGCGGAGGGCAAAGCAGAAGCUUUUGGAGAUCACCAGCAAGUCGUCCUACACAUCCGUGAACUCAAGUACGACAGCAUUGCCUACUGACCUGUCAAGCUUCAACCUCAUCAGCGAGAGCCUGUCCUUUGACUUCAAGGAUACGGACAUGAAGAGGCUUUCAAUGGAAAUUGAGAAAGAAAAGGUAGAGUACAUGGAGAAAAGCAAGCACCUGCAAGAGCAGCUGAAUGAGCUGAAGACAGAAAUUGAGGCACUGAAGCUGAAGGAGAGAGAGACAGCUCUGGAUAUAUUGCACAACGAGAAUGCCAGCCGAGGCAACAGCAAGCACAACACUAUUAAAAAGGUAUCAGAGGGCUCCACCUCAAGCCCAGGGCAGAAGACCUAUCUGCAUUUGAGACUUCAAAGUAGGUUAUUCCAAGGUACUCUGCGUGGGGUGAUGGGAUCACUGGCUGUAAUACUAACCCGUGCAUGAGCUUGCCUGCAAUAUGCACUGCUCUAGCCAGCUCCCAUUGCUGCCACGCUGACAGUGCUCCUUCCAUGCCACAGCAGGGUGCGGUGCUGGUGACACCAGGCUUGCCACCUGCGGCGCAGCACCCUGCCCGUCCCUGCGGUGAACCCGUGCAGCAUGUCGCAGGCAGCCGCCCUGCCUGGCUCUGGCUUCCUUGGUAGUGUUCACAGCGUCUCUGCGUUCAUUUUUGCACCUGGUCCUCCGUGCUGGGAAGCAUCUUUCUUGGCAGAAGUUGAGUUGACAACAUCAGUGGGGGAGUGCAGGCGUAGAUGCCUAAAUAAUUAAGCAUGCCUGUGUUUGCUCUGCUGCCACUGGCUGGGAAUCUAUUGGAGGUGCAGGGUGGCCUUUGAAGAUGUCUUUAAUGAAGUAAGCCAGGAGCUUCCCCCUUGUUUGCUGCAGAAAGAAAUACAGGAUUAAAAAAAAAAAACACACCAGCCAACCACACAAAACCCAUCAACUCUUUGCUGCCAAAACUGUCAUAACAGGCUAAAAAUGUGCACCUCCGUCUUGGAGCAGAACAGCACGUGGACACGUUAUCAGCGUCUGCCUGUUUGAGAAGUGUCACAGGAAGGUAAAGCAGACUGUCGAGGACAGCCAGUGUCUGCAGGUAGCUUUUGGGCAAGGCUGCAGCUGGGGGUGGUCCAGGGAGACUGUGCUGAAGGGUCACCCUCACACCCAGGGACACUGGCUGUCCUUCCUGCCUGCGAUGCCUCUGCCUGUCCCCUGCCUCCUUCAGCACGCCAGCGACUCCCGCUCUGUUAGUGCCAUGUCUCUUCUUUCCAGAGCCUGCUUUCCUCCGAGGAUUUGCCCUCAGUCUGCAGGCUGGGUGUGUGCAGAGCAUCUACUCCCUCCUUUGGGAGGAUGAGUUUGGGGAAGCUUUCUUGCUCUUUACUUGACCCUGGUUCUUGCACACUCACAGGGUUUUAGCGAGUUUGGAGUGGUAGCGCUAAAGGGAAGAAAUGGCACGGAUGCAGUGGUAACAGUACUCGUGACAGCGGGUAGCAAACCUGGCGGUAAGCACCUUUGGAAAAGGCUUUCGUUAAAAGUUACUCUGAGGGCUUGCACAGCCCUGCCUGCAUGGUGGGCGCAUACAGCCAACGGUGGAGCAAUUUCCCAGCGCCUCUGGAGGUCUUUAGCAGAGGCAGGAGGAUGCUUUAGAUGCAGACUUCUCCCUGGCUGGUACCCAGAAGCGAUCAGCACAGGUUUGUGCUGUUCUUGAAUGGACCAGCCCUUUCAAGGCUGCAGGCAGUGCUGUAAAUCACUCAGGUCAGGGGUUUGUGCCAGCUGCAGGUUGUUCCCAAGACAGGCUGCUCUCAUUGUUAAGCAUUUCCUUGGGGAAGAGACUAAAACGAGGGAUGACCCUGUAGGUCUGGGCCACCUUGGGGGAGGCAUUGUAUGUGUCUUUGGGGUUGAAACCCGCUGUCCCGUCCCGACUGGCUUGAAGAACACCUUGGCAGGUGAAACUGGGGCAAAAUCCACUUGCAGCCACAGCAUGAGGAAGUGAAAUGAAGCCCUGGCAGUUUGUGAAAAGACUAAUCCAGCAGCUGGGAGAGAUUUGGUGCCUGGGAGGAGCCCCCAUAAUUAAACCAGAUGCACAGCAAGUGCUGCGGUGUGACCUCUGGGUUUUGUUGCCUGCCUUUGAAGACGCCUGCUAAGUUUUUCAUGUUUAAUUACGUGGUUAACAUGCUAAUCCUUUUUUAUGAGCUCUGUGGGCACAGCACAAGCACCUCAUCUGGAAACUGAUUUCCCUUCUCUGUAGUGCUCUCCACUGUGGGCUGGCACUCCUGACUCCAGCUGGCUCAGCUUCAGGAGGGUUUGCCACUUAGGCUAUGGUAGAAGAUGAAAAAACCCCCACUUUUUCCUUGCAUCCUCCAGUGUAGGAAGGCUCCCAGGACAGACUGCUGCUCUAAAACACAAUUGGGUCUUUCAUUCCAGUUGCUUUCUUCUUGCACAGUCAUGCUUAUUUACUGUGAUUUAAGCCCUUUGAAGUAUCCAGGCAAGGAGCAAAUCUUCACGCCUGUUCCCAGACAAGCAGCUUUGUCCUUCAGCAGUGCUCCGGUGCUUCGGCAGGCAGGCUUGGCCUUUCCCCGCCAGGCUCUCACGUGGCUCUCGGCUUUUUCUCAGGCACAGCGUUUCUCUGGGCUUGAGCUUAUUCCUUGGGGCCAGCACUGCUGGAGCCCACAGGGAUUGUGCGGACGGUGGUGGUGGGGUGAGCUAUUGCUGACCAUGCCCUUGCUGGCUUCUCUCCUGGCUGAUCCUGGUUGUGGUGCAGUGUUGCCCCCGACUCAGGUAAUGUAAGAAUUUUUCUUAAUCAUUGAGGCGCUUGGGGUUUGGAUAAGCUACUUCAGAUCUGCUUGUUGAUCACCAGUAGACUAGCCUGGGCUUCCAUCAUCACUGGGCCGUGAACAGUCAUGUUUUACCACGUUCCUACGGACACAGCAUCAUCCCCUUCCGGUUUAGGCAGUGAGCAGCUCCUGGCUGCCGGGCAUGGAGCGGUGAGUGAGGCGAAGUGGGCUUCUGCAGGUUGUCUUCACUCCUCCCACCUUCAAGAUAUGCUGUGGUCUGUUCUAUACAGCAGUGUAAGGACACUGGUGAGUUAGUGAUGGUCACUGCUGUCUGAGUCUCUCAUGAUGCAGAUACAAAGCUGCUGUGCCACCACCAAAUGUCACGAAGCUACUUCAUCAUCUGGACAGGCUGAAGGUUUUUGGGAGGUUGGCACUGGGGCAGACAGCUUCCCUCUGUCCAUUUUCCAGCUAUGCCUGGCUAGCAUCUUGCUAGGGAUCACUGAACAGUGUCUCUCGAGGACUUCAGCAAAUCUUGUGGGGUUUCUGUCAUCUCUCGGGGACUCCCUUCCUUACCUCUCCCCUUCUGGGACCUGCAGACUCCCCUGCGUGAAAUGGGUUUGCUUUGCUCCAGUGGUUUGCUGGGGCGAUGGAGGCUAUUACUGCGCCUCAGGAGCUUUAUGCUGUGGAGGGAGGGGACCAGCACCAGAAAUACUUCUGCUCUGGGAAGGGCAGAAGAAGGGAGCCUGCGUGGUACAGAGCAGGCUGAGCUGCAAGCAGGUGGGUCUGUCCUUCCUUGUGCAUCCUGUGACAGCCUGGACAUGGAUGAGGUGCUCUUUAGUCUGAUGCAGAACUGCAGUGUUGCCGUGGCAUAGCUCUAUAAUCUGCUCCCCCCAGAAGAGGGAAAGGCUGUGUGCCGCAGAGCAGGCAUGCGACCAGCAAGAGACUUCCCAGGAAAAGCAGCACCAGCAUUUCCCAUCCCCUCGGGAGCUGUGAGGGUAGAGAGAAAAGAUGAGGAAGGAUGCUGGCUUCUUGCCCUACCUGGCACCCGGCUAGAAUGCUGGCAAGAGCCAGGAGAUACCGGUGAGCAGAACAGCUCCAGACACCUCUGGGCACACGUUUUUCCGAGUGCAAGAGGAGAUGGAGGUGCAUCCCACAUGGGUCUUGCCCACGUGCGUGCGAGCCCGUGUCCCUGCUAGCUUCGUUUUCUUCCUGCCCUGGUUCUCUUUGGAGCUGGGAAGUGAAACUCCCUGGCAGCUAAACUGGGACACGGCAGCCUCCUUUCCUUGUUUACGAGGAGCAAAAGGAAACUAGGAAACGUCAAGCCUAUCAGCUAUUUUUGUGGCAGCCUUUGAAAAGUGUUUCCUUCAAAUGGAAUGUCAUCUUCUUUCUUUUAAACGCACUCAUCAAAGCAUUGGAGGCCGGGGGAAAGUUGUGCUUAAGAGAGAAUAAACGGCAGCGUGGGAGUAAGAAAGAAAUGGUGAGGUGGGGACUGGAAAGGGGGUGAGGAGGGAAAAAUAGGAAGGUUUUGGUUUCAAAAGUAAAUGUGGGAAUUGGAAGGUCCACCUGGCCAGUGGGGACUGGGUAGUAGGCAGGGAGGGAGAAAGAUGUUCAGGGGAGUGGGGGUGGAAUGAAGAGGAGUUAUUGUAUGCAGCACCAGGUGACGAUGUAGCAGGGGACCAUAGAAGUCCCUCCCAGCAGCAGGAAGACAUCCCUGGCAUCGCAUGGGGUGAGGGGGUGCUGCAUGGAUCAUCCUCUCCUUCAGCCUUGCCGUGCUGCAGGAUAAACAAGGAAAUAGCAAGGAAGUGAGAAAUUUUAAACCUCUCCCUGUUCUUUGGGACCUGGGAGGAUGGUGGAAGGUUGAUGUGAUUUGCAGCCCCCUUCUCCUGCCCGUGCCCCACCUCCAGUGCGUGGGGAGAGCACCAGCUCUCAAGGGCUCGCUGGGAGCCCCAGGCAGUUUUCUCUCUAUUCGGUUUGCCUGGCCAGCAGAAGUUAUGUGCCUGCAGUUACUGGAUUAGCCGCUCUAAACUGUGUUUGGCUAUGAGGAACUUAUUGGGUUGCUUUUGUUUGUUUGUUUAUCUUAAAUCAAAUCAGUCCAGCAGCGCUGGGUGAAAGCAGAGCUCAGCAGAACCCCAGCACAGGAAUGCAGGGAGUGGGACUCUUUUCCUUUCUCAUAUCUUGAUUCAUUUGAGCUCUGGCUGCUUAAUUGCGCUCCCUCUCUCUCUCUAAAUUUUCUUUGAUGGCUCUGGUAGGGCAUUGUGGAGCCCACCCUCCCUCCCGCAGGAAGGAGAUUA